UCGGCCGCUCCCUUCCACGCUCCCCUCCAUCCAACCAUCGCAUCUAGUCAUCUCUCUCCGGCGCCAUGACGACUGCGGCCGCCGGCAGGGCCAGCCGCGACCUCCGGUGGUGACUGACUGGUGAACCCACCGUUGAUCGACGAAGAGCAUCGUUUCAGCGCAGAUGCUUGGUCAGUAGCCGCCGGCCGCGCAUGUCAGCUCUCGCUUUGUGCGAGGGAAUCGCCAAGUCGCCAUGCUGGUCGGGAUGCUCGAGGUCGAGGCUUGUUGCCGCAUCCCGCGGUCGGAGAGGAGCCGUCGUCUGUCGCCGGGAGAAGCUAGGGACCUCUCGCUUGCUGCGGGCAUCUCCUUCCUUCCGCACAAACUCAAGGCAGAUGCAAUGGGCCAUCAAGACUAUGUCAGACGAUAGUAGUGACCAAUCAGGCAAUAGCACUCGCCUUUUCAGUGCAAUUCAAUCUUUUUGGAACAAGUUUUUUGCCAAGCUGAAGAAAGCAAGGAAAGGGUUACCGGUGAAGAUCCUAUUCUUUCUGAUUGGAUUUUAUUGUGCUACGGCAUUUGCUACCGUCAUUGGGCAAACAGGUGACUGGGAUAUAUUGUCGGCCGGACUUGCUGUUGCCAUUGUGGAGGGUAUUGGUGCACUCAUGUACAGGGCUUCCUUUGCAUUUCUUGGUAGGAUCAGGAAUAUGAUUAUCAUAUUCAAUUACUGGAAAGCUGGCCUUACGCUUGGGUUGUUCUUGGAUUCUUUUAAAUAUGAAGUGGAUGAGUUUCUUGAAUCAUGUAACCCAUUCAACUUUGAAAUCAAUAUAUUUACUGGGCUUUGGUAAAAUUUGUUCCAGGUUUUGGUA